AUUUGGUUAAUCGAGAUGUCUUUCAAUCCAGAUUUUGAGAAAUUCUUUUUGUCUGGGGUAGGAACUGGCUGUUGGUUAAGUCUUGUUACAGUAACCACAGUUGGGUAUGGAGAUGUUACACCAAAAACAAUUAUUGGUCGUAUACUUUGCGUUAUAUGGAUGAUAUUUGGAAUUAUAUUUGCUUCAGUUCUAACUGCUUCAGUAACCGAUACCGUGUCUGGAACUUCUUCAUUGGACAUUAACAAAAAGACAAUCGCUGUUUUAUCAAAUUCUCCUGAAGUGGAGAUUGCAAUUAAAGAUUACCAUGCUGAUGUUGUAUAUGCAAAAACAGUAGAAGAAUUAAGUAACAUAGUCAGAUCAAGGAAGGCUUUUGCUGGUUUAUUAAAUGCAGAUAUUGCAUCUCAUAACCAGGAAGUCAUACGCAAUGAGCGUCCAUCCAGUUUUCACAAGGACGUUUUGAUAUUUGCUUAUACGAUACCAAUCAAAGUUACCGUGUAUGCAUUAGUUCCCAAGAACCAAAGAAUACAUAAUCAUUUGGAAUGUAUGGCGAAACACGAAGAAGAAGUGUUGGAUAGCACAGACAAUAGAUUCAAGAGAAAAAUCCAAACAGAGAUUUUGAGGAGCCUUUCUGUAUAUUCCAUGUUUAAAAAUCACGCUGUUAUCUCAUACGUCACGAUUGCUAUUGGUGGAGUUUUUGCGUUAGGUUGCAUCUAUGAAGUACUUUACAAAAUCAAGAAUAAAAAAAACUUUCAAAGUUAAUAAGUCUAUAUCUGAAUACAUUUAGCUACGUACGGAUAGCGAGCUUAACAAAUUUAUGCUGUGCUGAUAUCCCACAUAAAUAAACUCUGCAUAAAAAGAGCUGUGUGUGAAUCUAAAACUUGGUGUGUAGAUUUAAUACGUUUCGUGUAACAGAUACAACAUUUUAAUAUUCCAAUGAAACUAAAUUUGUGUUUAGACUUGUCAUUUUGGGAGAUUUCAUAUAAUUAUUAUAAUGAAUAUGUAUUGUUUUCUUUGUGUUUUGUGCUUCAAC